GCUACAGUAGGGGACUCCUAGGGCUUAAACACUUGUGCAUUCCCACACACAGAAGAGCGAGGGAGGGGGAUUUCUGGUCCGGACAGUUGCAGCCAUAGAGGGAUAUCUCCCACCCCGAACCAACUCCCCUUUCUUGGACCAGGAGCACCACCUCUUCCCAGAGAGGGCGAGAGAUAGACAGAGAGACAGAGAGAGAGACAGAGAGAGAGACAGAGAGAGAGACAGAGAGAGAGAGAGACAGAGAGAGAGAGUCAGAAGUAAACUAGAGCUUUUGCAGCCAGAUAACGGAGCCCUUCCCUCAGUGAGCCGUCAGUGAGAGACUGGCCCUUAGUAACACGAUCCAGAGGAUCAGCUCUGUUGCGCUGCUCUGCCUCUCCACUCCCCCGCCAUCCCUGUGGAGUCUGAAGAAGAAAAGAAAAGAACGGAGACAGACGCCCACACACAGAAGUGCCUGAAAUCGUCGCGGAGGAUCGACGGAGAGGUCGUAACAAGUACCAGUGAGAGGAGCAGAGGAAAGAGGUGAGAGAAGAAGUGGAAAACACAGAGUGCAAGAGGGAAUAGCAGAGGGAGGUUUGAGAGCGAGUUCAACUGCUGCCAGUCACCGGAGCCAGUGGAAUGGACCUCGGUGCCUGCCGGAUUAACCCACGCCUGCCCACUGUGCACUCCGAGGAGGAAGGCUGAACCGACGCGUCGCCCUCCCCGUGCCUCGAGAAACUCAAUGACGAUGAACGGAGAUGUUCUUUAGCUGAGCCAACGACACGUUCCCGUCGAUCUUUCUUCAGCGGCCUGACCACCCCGGGGCUAAGGCAUCAGCCUGCUUGCUGACCGGCGGUGGAGGAGGUGGAGGAGGAGAUCCGGGGGUCCCUGAGCGCCCGGGACAGGCAGGGCAGCGCGGGAGACGAGCGUAGGGACGAGGAGGGGGAGGUAGAGGCCGGGGAGGGAGCGGCGGCAGAGGUGGCGGGCGGCCAGCGGCGCAUGGCCGUGCAGCGGCUGGUGGCGGCGGCGGUCGCGGUGGCCCUGCUGUCCCUGGUCCUCAACAAUGUGGCGGCCUUCACCCCCAGCUGGGUGCUGCAGGCCCUGGAGGAUGGCCGCAAGCGCAGCGUGGGACUCUGGAGGAUGUGCCCCGUCACAGUGGGGGGAGAGAGGGGCCGGGACGAAACCGGGGUUGGACGAAGGGGUCAGGGGGCCCAGAAGGCGUGUGAGGCCCUGGGUUGGGGCUCAGAGUACGUGGGCUACCAGGAGUCCCGGAGCACCGUCAAAUUGCAGUUUGACAUGAUGCGGGCUUGUAAUCUGAUGGCCACGGUGGCGCUGACGGCCGGUCAGUUGAUCUUCCUCCUGGGCCUGAUGGAGCUGCCCUUCAUCACCCAGGACUCACAGUGGUGGGAGGAGGCCAUCGCAGCUCUCUUCCAGUUGGCCAGUUUUGUGCUAGUGAUUGGCUUGGUGACAUUCUAUCGGAUCGGCCCGUACACGCACCUGUCCUACUCGUGCUACAUCGACAUCGCCGCCUGCCUGUUGGCCACGCUGGCCGCCGCCAUGCUCAUCUGGAACAUCCUGCACCGGCGCGACGACUGCCUCACGCCGCGCGUCAUCGUCAUCAGCCGUUCGCUAGCGUCAAACUUCCACCCCCGUCUCGACAACGACUACGUGGAGUCACCCUGUUGAACACCCCCGCGAGUCAUGUCCAUUAAACGGCAAUAACAACUACUGGACAGGCUGAAGAACUGACAAUGUCUCCACGUAUUAUCAGCCAAGCAGGUGCUUCAGGGAAACAGAAGACACCUAUAUAUUUUUUGUGGCUCUUCCGGUGCUGCACUAACAUGCUUUCCCUGGUAUACAACUCAUCAUAUUUUCACCUCACGGCUAUCAUGGACUAUUAUUAAUGGGGCAAAUGUUUUGCCUGUUUCUGAAAGGAUAUUUUCUUCAUUAAACCACCAGCUAACAAAGAAAAUCCUAAACUGUAGUGAAUGUAUUGUUGCAGUAGACAUGCCAAUUACUCUGAGGUUUCUUCAAAGUUUGUCUGACCUAGAAUUUGAAAUAGCAUUUCCUCAGCAAGUCUCCCUGAAAACACCCUGCUUAGGAAGAGAUCAAGCUGGAUCUUGACAUGUUUUGUUCAUUCUUUGUGCACUUAUGUAAUAACAUAUACUUCCUGCAUAUUGUUUAUAUUAUUCUUAAUAUUAAAAGCAAGUUAGGUUAUGAAAAGCGAUUUAGCUUUUUACUCCAGAGUUAACUCACGUUAAUUCCACCUAAUUCAUCCAAAAUGUCACUGAAGUUGAAUAUUUGAUACCAUAUCUCUACACAGAUUGUCAAGUGCAGAUAAUAGACUGUCAAGGGCAGUUGUGUAAUGCAUGAAAAA